AUGAAUUCGUGCUGUGAGAACACCAUCAAGGUAACGAGAGACAUUUCCAGAUUACCUACACCCACAAACUACGUUUCAGAGUAGAAGUAGAUAUCAUCAUUCAGAAUUGUGUUCAAAACUCAACUAUGUGUAUACGUCGCGUCAGUGCGACGAGUAUCUGAAUUAUCUGGAAGAGCUUCGGAUAAUUAUUUUUGGCAAAAGUCAUCGUUUCUCGAACAUGUCACCCGGUGAGCGUGCAAGAAGAAAAAUUGGAAGGGAUUGGUUGUUUUUAGGAGUGACAUCUACCACAGAACAUUCCAUACGUUAUCACACUGGCAGUGGCAAAACUUUAGUGUAUGAGCUAGAAAACACGUCAAGCUACGGGAUCAAACUCUCGCCAUUGUCAUCUGAAAGCGAGAGUUGUGCUACUGAAACGUUCCACACGAAAACAGAACAUCAUGUUGACGUCCGCCGGUCAAAAUCUCCCGAAACGUCUGUUACGUCCAGGUUGUGUCAUCGACUACCAUCAGAAAUUGAAGGUAAAUCGUUGCUGAUAACAAAACGGGUACUCCAUAAAAAAUUGCAGCUCGGAUGCGUGAUUGUUUGCACUCUUCAUCGGAAAUUAUCAGUAGCAUCUCUAGCCUCUCUAAUCAAACAUUUUUGGACAAAACGACAGCGGAAAGUGAAAGUAAAAAAGAAGGGAAUGUCGGGAAUGUUCCAUCCUGCAAUGAGAUUUCAUUGUCAACAACACCAACGACGAGUAAUUGCUAUUUCCAUUCCCGUACGCCUCGAUACCGGGAAAGGGAACAUUUCGGUUUGGAAAAUUUUGUGAAGCAGAAGGAAAAAAGCGUUGACAACACGUGUUUGGAGCAGGAAUUCUCUGAAGACUAUUGUGAAUACUUGGAAGUUGAAGGCUUGGCAGACGUUGUUGACGAGGAAUUUGCUGUGAACGAAGAAUUUGCCACUGUUCUAGAAGAAUCUGAAUCGGUGUUUGAAGAAGUUGAUGAUUUCACAGAGGUUCUGGAGGAAUAUGCAAUAUCCCAGGAAGAUGUCAGCUCUAUCGUUGAGAAAGUCAAGGAAGAACGUGAUGAAAUACCAGACACUGUUCCUUUUGUUCGAUUCCUUCCAAUAGUGUUCAAGAGUCCAUUUUCGUCAAAACCUCACAAACGAAUAACUGACGAGACAUUCACAGGAAUGCCGAUUCCGAGUUACACUUCAGUUUCUGAAUGGGUUUCUGGUACAGUCGUUGAUGAAUAUGUCUCUGGAAUCGAGCUAGAUGAGAACAUCAAUCACAAGUCUUUCCGUGAAACUGCAAACGAAGAAUUGUCCACUAUAACUUCUGAACUAACGGAUCCUCUUCUCGACAAUAAUCUCCAACCAGUACCGAUUGUAUCCAAUUCAGCUGGAGAGGGUGAAUACAUUGUUUUUCCAUCUGACAUCAGCAACAGUGCAGUAACGGAUUUUAUUGAUGAUCACGUCGAUUUAGCGAGCAAUGCCCCGGAAGAAAUAAUCCAGUCUGAAGACCUUCAAGGUAGAGUUUUGUUUCAUAAUGUAAAAUAACAAAACAUGUUGUAGACUUUGUGCUUGACACUUCCUCUGCUCGUGAUACUCACAUGCACGAUGAAGUAGAUGAUAAAAACGAGGAGUCAACAAAAGAAGCAGUUUGCAAUCAGGAAAAGGAAACGGAAUGUGAGGGGUCAGGUGCUGAUGAUUUCCAAAACAAGAACGAUACAUCUUUUGAUGAGAACGGUGAGCUGUUUGAAACAGGAUCGAACGAGUCUGCUGUCAGUCAAAAUCAUGAAACUGGAAGUGUUUCAAAUCCAUCAAACGAUGACAUUAUCGAAAGCAUUAGUUUGUACGAUUCCGAAGAUCGGCUUGUUGACGAAUGGCAUAUUGGAACGUCGGAGAGGAAAUGGAGAAGGAGCAGUACCUUGAAAUCCGAACACGAACUGAAUGACACGGUAGUUGAACAGCAAGCAGAAGUGCAUUUCCUUCCCAGUGUGAGCGGUGGAGAUACAAGAGCAGUCCUUCCUCAAACUCAAGAAAGUUGGGACGAAUCAGAACAAGUACCAGCUAUGUCGUCGUUAUUUGACCAAGAAGAAGAAGAAGGAGAUCAAGCAGUUCUUUCUUCACUUGAGUCAAACUGUCAUGGUAAAGUAUUGUGUCCAAUUACUCGUUUAUUGAAAAUUGCAGAACAACGUCACGACAACUCGCUGGAAGAAGUGUUAUCGGAAAAAGUCCAGGAAAAUUGUUGUAUGAGCAAGAAAGAUGAGGAAGGCGAAGAAUUGUUUGACACUUUGAGUGUCGACAGUUCUCAGGAUACUUUUGAAUCCAAAGAUGCAUUGGAAAGUUCAAGUCAUUUGGAAGAUCAAAUGGAGUAUUCGAUCGUUUCUGCUAUGGUCGAGACCAAUGAGACAGAUAGUAAUAAGAACGUCAGUAUUGUUUCAUGUUAUGAGAGAGAACACUUGUUUACCGAUGAAGAAGGGAAAUAUCAGAUUGUGGAAGAGGAUUCAGAAACAGAAUGCGGUAAUAGUAUUUUUUCGUUGGUCGUUUUUAAAUGAUGAUAUUUCAGAGGAAAGAGUCUCAGACUAUGUUCAAACACUGGAAACACAGAAUUUGCCAACUCCUUCUACUAAAAAUCACAGUUUGGACCUUGUUGGCAAUUCUUCUGAAACGAGAAGUUCCGCCGUUGUGAUGAGCAUUAAAGAUCCGAUGGAUUUGUUGAACGACAACAGUUUUGUCCGCGUGUACUCGCCAGUACCGGUUAUCCAUUCACCGGUUGAAGAAGUCGAGAAGGCAUUGAUUAAUUCAACGGGAUUCACAGUUGAUGAGCACAUUGUCAGAGGCGAAGACACAUUGUCAGAGGGAAGAGAACGGUCCGAUACUUCUAACGAAGACGUUGAAUUUGUUAAUAAGCAAGAUUCGGUUGAAGAAGAGACGGUUGAUUAUUUUCCAGUCAAGGCGGUUGAGAACCCAUUAACUAAUUCAACGGAAUUUACAGAUGAGCUUGGUAAAAGAAGUUUCUUAGUUUCUGCGAAUAUAUAGCCAAAUAUUUAGAAACGCCACCGGUUGUUACUGAUUGCACCCUUCUUUCACCUAAUUUGGAAAGCUAUUUGGAAUCAUCGAAGAAACACGAUACCGUUCACUCCUUCAAAACUUCAGCAGAAAACGAAUUGGCGUCAGAAACACUACCAGCAAUGCUCGUCUCCACAAACUGCCUUGGUAACAUAUUGCUUCCACUUCCUCAUUCAUUAAAAAUUGCAGAACAAGAUCACGACAACGCGCUGGAAAAAGUGCAAUUGGAAGUAGCCCGGGAAGGUAAUUGUUUGAGAAAGAAGAAUGAAGAGAGCAAAGAUCCGUUUGAAGUGCACGUGACCGACUUCUCAUCAGCAGACCAGGAGAACGAUUUUUUGAAAAGUGCCCCGUUUUCCGAGCUUUUGAAUCAAUCAGGAGAGGAAGAAAACGAGGAUGACAUUGAAGUAGAAAGCAAACCGUCAGUGGAAAGAGAACAGUCUGAUACUACUAACAAAGACGCUGAAUAUGUUAAUGAGAAAGAUGAGGUUGAAGAAGAUGCUCCUGAUACAUUUCCGCAAGUUGCUGAAGAUUUGAACCUCGCGCUUUUGGAAUCAACAACUGAUCAGGUGAAAUUAUGAUCUCUGGAAAUAAUUUAUACUUCGUUCAAACUUUAGAAUAUCAUUGAGGAUGUAGUAGUCGCUGAAGAUCAACACGCAACAUCCUUGUCUGAAACCAGCAUGGUAGAAGUCUGUGUUGAAAAUCAACAUCUUGAGAAUCUGUCGGAUCCGACGAAUCAAAAGGAAGAAGAAGAAGGGAAGGAGGAAAUUGUCGAAAUGGAUUCCAAAAGAAUCGAGGUCGACAGCAGUGAUAUUCCAUCAGCAAACAGCCAUGACGAUGAAAUUGACGAAGCUGCUUCAUUCAAGGAGGAAAAAGAAAAGGAAGAGGAAUCGGAAGAGGGAAACUGCGCGGACAUCAGGAGCAGUCCAGAUGGACUUCUUGAAGUCGUAAACACGGACGGAGACAAAACCGAUGAUAUAAGAUAUGGAGAAGAGGUCGAGGUUGAGAUGGCUUCUCAAACGGUGUGCAAUGACAAAAUAAGCACUUUGCUGGAUGAAAUGCUGAAUGAAGUGACGGAAAAAGAUGAAGAAAUCUCACUGGACAAGAGAGCGAGUUCAAACAACAAGAAAGGCGGCAGUGGGGAUCUGAAAACGGUGGAAAACUAUCACAACAUCGCUUCAACGAUGGCAGAAGGUAAACAACGAUAGUUUAUAGGAAGUUUCAGUUACAAACUGCAGAUUUCAAAGAUGUCUCAGCUUCUACUCAAUCCGUCUCAUUUCCAGUCGACAGUCGGAUAUUGUGCGGUACGAAAGAUACCUGAAACUUAUAUUUUUAAUAUUUCUUUCACUCAAACUUUCAGAUGACAGUUCCACGCACAUUGUUUGCCCAGUGCAGCACAAGGAGAUUGCGCCACACAGUUUUGAGGGCGCAGGAAGCAACAUCGAGUCCAAAGGAGAAAUCAGCUUGAGUUCUGUGACAGAUUCAUCUCCUGAUGAAACUGCCGGGAGAAUUGUGAUUUCGGUAUUGUCAGAUGUUCGAAAUGAGACCGAAGACAAAGGGACUUGUGAAAGUGAUGUUGCAAGUAUCGGUAGAGAAGUUGAAGAAGAGUCAGUGAACAUGGACAUCGAAGCAUCGGAGCUGACUUCUGACGUUAUUGAGGUCGCGGAGCAACUCGGUGAAAACAUCAUGGAGAGCUGCCGGAAUAGUGAUGAUGACAACAGUGCGGACUGGAUACCAAUUAAUUUUGAUACUGAAAUCGAGAGUGCUCUUUCUAACCAGAUCGAAGUCGAGCAAAUCAACGGUGGUCUAUCUCCUCCGUCAUUUUUGAGAACUAUUUCUAUUGAGCCGCCUGGCAGUUUGGAAAUUCACUCUGUCUGUGACCUCGAAGAGUAUUACGCGACCGAUCUGUCUCCAAUACUUGAAGUUGAAAACGAAGAAGAAUAUGAGGAUGCAGACAGCGACGACGACGGCGAAGAUGAAAGAGAAGAAGACGAUAAACCUAUGAAUGGUCGUGACGAAAGUAACCAUCACUCUUCCGGCGUUUUCUUAGAAAUUUUACCGCGAGCCUCUGAAGAACUGAUCGAAGAAACAUCGCCAUUCUCCUCUAUUCACGUGGAAGAACUAUCGCCCAUUGUUGAAUUGCCUCUCAUUUCAAACCCAAUUGAUUUCAACCCAAAAGAACUUAUUUUGGAGAACAGGAAUAGUGAUCGAGACGAUUCGUGCAACUCUGCAAUGGAAGAAUGUCAAGUAAGCAGAUUGUCUGAAAGUGUGGUAAGCGACGAGUCCGAAGAAUUUGUUGAGUCAGCCACCCAGAGCAAUGUUGAGAGUUUCGUCGUGCACUUGGAAGAGCAGCAAUUAAGCGGAAACUUCGACAUCAACCAGAAUCAUGAUGAAGUGGUCAAUCCAAUUGCAGCAAUAUCUUCAAAUGAAAAGGACAUCUUGCUAGAAACCAGCUCAGACCAAACGGGAGAGAAUUCGAACAUUUUGUCAGUUAUACCACAUGAUGAGUUCGGCGACCUGCUCUUGCACAAUCAAAAUUUUGAACCUUGCUCUCAACAAGAAGCUGACGACUCUGAAAGUGCGGGAGACUUUUCUCCAACAGCUACUUCUGCUGUAUUGCAUGAUCAUUCCUUCGAUGAGCCAACGGCUGACGAAAGUGUAACACACAAUCCAUCGCGCAUGACUGUUGAUGAGGAAUCAUCUGCUCAAAGAGACUCAAGGUAUUCAGCAAUUUGUUAUUCACUCAUCAAAACACGUAUUCGUUUCAGUUCCCCAAGUGAGCACAUGGAAUGCGACGAAUCCACGAGCAGUUUCACAUGUACUCUGCUCCCAUACGCGGCUCGUAAACAAUCUGAGUCAGGUGCGUGUGAAAAUUAUACAUUUCGCUCUUAAUGAAAAUUCUCAGAAAUGAUCCGCGUCGAGGACACAGACACCUUCCACGGAGCAACAUAUGGCGGAACGUUGACUUCCAACAGUUGUGAACUGCAAGCAGAAUCGAGUCUUUGCAGUGUUUGCGCAGAUGAAAAUGAACAUGUUCCGACAGAACCUUCUCCGAAUCUUCCAAAUGAGACUUCAUCCACCGAGAAUAGUUUUAAUCGAUCGGAACAUUCAGAAACUUCUUCGGUUCGAGAAUCCAUGUUUUUACAACUUAUCAGGCAAUUUUUUUAGGUCUUGGAAGAAGUCUCAUAUUUUCUCUCGACCGUUUGUGUAGCAGCUAUGGUUUUCACAUCCCCGUCAGAUAGGUAUGUGCACCAAAAAACUACAUUUUCCGCUUCAUUUAAUUGUAAAUAUAUCUGUUCCAGCUCAAAUACAUUAUUCAAUGCUGACAUCAUUGAGGACGCGUCAAAAUACUUUUCGAGCCAACCAAAAACGGACGACGAUGAUAACACAAUCUGA